AUGGCAGAUUCUGAACAACCUUUAUUAUCGUCAACAGAAAACAGAGAAAAACAUAGUGUAGUAGUUAUUGGUGGUGGUUGGUCUGGUAUUUAUGCUUUGAAAUAUCUCUUAGGUGAAGGUCUUGAUGCACAUUUAUAUGAAAGUCGUUCAAAUAUUGGAGGUAUUUGGUAUUUUGAUGAAAAUGAAAAUGUUAGUGGUGUUUAUAAAUCAGCUCAUGUUACAUCAUCAAAAACAUUUUUACAUGCAUCUGAUUUUCCAUUUCCGAAAACGAUUGGUGAAUUUCCUUCUCAUGAAGAGGUUCUGGCUUAUUUACAUUCAUAUGCUGAUCAUUUUAAACUUUGGUCAAAUAUUCAUCUUAAUUCUAAAAUUGUACGUGUCGAACCACAAUGGAGUCUUAUAUUAAAUGACGGUUUAAAAAUAAUUGAUUGUAACUAUCUUGUUGUCUGUUCAGGACAACAUCAAAUAGCUAGUGAUCCACGUUCAAGUUAUCCAUUUAAUCAAUUUACUGGUACAUUUUCUCAUAGUAUAACAUAUAAAACUCCAUAUGAUAAUAAAUUUAUUAAUAAAAGAAUUCUUGUUGUUGGUGGUGGUGAAACAGCAAGUGAUUUAGCUGUUGAAUUAAGUGCUACAAUAGCUAAACGUGUGUAUAUGAGUAUUCGUGGAGGACAAUGGUUUCAAGCACGUAUAUUAGGACAACAACCAGCUGAUAUUAUGUAUACAAUGUUAAUGAGAUUAUAUGGGUAUUAUGAUACUAUAUUGGUUCGUUGUUGGAGACGAAUGUUUUUUGUACCUAUGUGGGGUGUUGGUGGUACAGGUAUACGUGAAUGGACUCCAACAGUUCCAUUCUUACAUGGUUUUAUUAAUAAAAGUCGAGAAAUUGUUGAUCAUGUUGCACUUAAUCGUGUUAUUCCAAAACGUGGAAUUAAAACUAUUAAUGAACAAUUAAUAACAUUUGACAAAGAAGAAAAUCCAAUUGAAAUUGAUCAUAUUCUUUUAUGUACUGGCUUUCAAUGGACACAUCCAUUUUUUUCUAGUACAGAUAUACAUGAUUUAUACAAACUUGUUUUUGCAUCUGGUGUUGAUGGAACUUUAGCAUUUGUUGGUACAGCAAGACCAGUAUUUGGUUCUAUACCAGCACUGGCAGAAUUACAGGCACGUUGGGUAGCUGCAGUAUUUUCUGGUCGACGGCGUUUACCAUCAGAAAAAGUAAUGGCUAAAAGCCGUCGAGCAUAUUGGGCAAGACAUGCUAAUCUUUAUCCACAUGAUCAUAAACGUCUCAAACAAUUAGUUAAUCUUUUUGAAUACAGCGAUGUCAUUGGUGAUGAAUUAGGUGUACGAGUUGCUUUAUUUUAUUUAUUUUUUCGACAUCCAAGAUCUUGGUAUCGUAUUUAUUGUGCUUCUCCAUGGUCACCAUUUCUGUUUCGUAUUGGUCGAUUAUCAUCUGACGAUGAAAAAUUAGCUUAUCAACGACAUUUAGCAUGUAUACCAGAAAAAGAUCAAGCAUUUCAUCGAUAUAAUGAUGUUAUGCUUAGUGCAUAUAAUGAUAUAUAUUUCGAGUUUGAGACAUAUGAAGAAUUUCGAAAAGAACGAUUGAAAUUAAAUUAUGAUAGUACAUUAAAAUUAUGGUAUUCAUUACCUAACGGUCUACCAACACUUGAUAAUAAUCUAGUCAGACGACAAACAAUUAAACAACAACGAGCACGUUUAAGAAAAAUGAAAUUUUUUGCUUUUUAUUGUACAUUAUUCAAGAAGACAUUUCUCAAAAAGAAAAUUCAAUCAAAAGGUUUUCGCCUAUGGAAUGAAACAUUAAAUGUACCCACAUUAGAAGAUGAGUCUCUUUAUGGCAUAUAUAAAUCAAUGGGUCGAAUCACUACAGAAUUUCUUAAUAAAGGACGACGAUAUGAUGAAACAAUCAGUUAUGAAGAAUUAUUUAAAGCUGGUCGUACUGUUUGGUUUAUGAUUGCUUUUCAAAUGCAACUCAAUUUACCCUUAAUUUUAACUGAUUCUAUAUUUGGUUAUAAUAUGCUUUAUCCAUAUACAGAUGAUUUAGUCGAUAGUAACGAUGUAAGUCGAGAAGCAAAAGCUGAUUUUGCAAAACUUUUUCAUGAACGAUUACUGGUUGGUGAACCAACGUAUGAUUCUCAAGUACAUUUUGAUGGAAAACAAUCAAAUGUUGCGGAAUUAAAGUUACCAUCAUCAUUACAAUCACAAGCUAAUCGUAUAGUAAAAAUAUUUGAUAUGGUUAAAUUUAUUGAAAAUGAUUGGAAACGUGGUGGUGAAUAUGAAGGUGUUUAUAUGAGCUUAGCUACAAUACAUGAAUCACAAAUGAAAUCAACAUUACAACAUGCAAGAACUGAAGAUAGCUAUGCACCAACAAUGACACAAGUUGAACAAGUUAGUGCAGAAAAAGGUGGUGCAUCAUUAAUAGCUGCUGGAUUUUUAAUUGAAGGACGAUUAACGAGAGCUAAAAUAGCUUAUUUAGAAUAUUUAGGAUUUGGUUUGCAAUUACUUGAUGAUUUACAAGAUGUAAAAGAAGAUAUGAAAAAUAAUCAUCGAACAAUUUUUACUCAAACUCUUGCUGAAGGUCGACCAUUAGAUGUACCAACAGCACGUCUUAUUCAAUAUUGUUAUUGUGCACCAGCAUAUGAAAAAUUUAGUGAUGAUCAACGUACAAUUUCAGAUAGAAAAACUGGUGUUACAUUAGCUCAAUAUGUUCGAGUUUCAAUGAUGAUGUUUUCUGUUGUACUAGUUUUAGAAGCUGCAUCUCGAUUACAAGAAUAUUAUUCAAAAGAAUUCUAUCGUGAAUUAUCUUCAUUAAGUCCAUUUACAUUUAAUGAUCUCAAAGCAGCUCGUGUUGAAGAAACACUUUGGGCUAUUGUAAGAAAUCAAUGGUUUUGA